AAUUCCAUCCAAUUCUUUAACAGUGUUAUCUAACAGUCUGACUGGACUAACGGAAGUGCACACUUGGAAAAUUUUUAUUAUAAUUAAUUAUAUUAAAAAGGUAAAAAAAAGCCAAAAAAAGAAGAAGAGACCUCUCCGUCCUCCUCCUUUUACCCCUAGCCCCAAUUCCCUUCCCAUGUUGACCUCCCCUCUGAUGCCUUCAUUUCCCAGAAAUUCAGCCGCCCACCUCUGUUCCACCCAAACACACCGGCACCACUGUUUCUCUUCCUGUCUUCGAGCACAUCAAAUCCCUUAAACAAAUCCCCACCGAAAACUGUCGACCCCACCGUUGCUCUCGCCGCAAAAUCAAUUCCAACUGUAUGCUCUCGCCGAAAAACUCACAUCCCCAGUUCCUUCGAAUCUUAUCCUUCCUCCUAUUCCACGCUCUCCUCCAGCUCCACUGAGUGCCGCCCUUGAUGUAUUUAGGCUUUAGAUGUCGAUCCGACCAGUGCCUCUACCAGGCCAAUUACAGUGAUGUAUCCUUCAACGUCGGCGACUUCGUCACCAAAACUCUCUCCCUCGGCAGAUCAGGAUCUGCAUCCAAAAUCACCCUCGGAUGCGGCCAUGACAACGAAUGCCUCUUCGUCAGCGCCGGUAUCCUCGGCUUCGGCUUCGGCGGCGGCAUGCUCUCCCUCAUCUCCCAUAUUCGAGCCUCCUAGUUCUCCUACUGUCUCGUCAACCGCGAUUCAACCUCUUCCUCUUUUGCACCAGUAGCAACUCCAAUAGGGCAAUAUGAGAAGAAGAUGUUGUACUUUAGGUUUUUUGGUUUUUGGAAUUGGGAUGGUUUCUUUUUGGGGUUUUCUGUUGAUUGGAUUGGGGGGUUUUGUUGUUGGGGAGAGGAAGAUGGUUGCAUAAUCAGAUUAGGGAUUCUUUCGAUAGGAUUAGGGAUUUUUUUGUUAGGGGUAGAAGGUGGUUAGAUGAGAGAGAGGGAGGAGAGCAAUUACGUGACAUGUGAGUCUAGGUGAAAACAUGACGUGUUGUCCAGUUGGUAGCCACAUAAGCGUAAUGUUCACUUAAACUAACAGAGUUAGAGACGGUGUUAAAGUAUUUGACGGAAAUGGCUAUAUUUGUCAUACAAUUUCAAAAAAUAUGGCUAUAAGUGGUAUUUAUCCAAACUUGGCUAUUAUUGGCACAAACGUGAAAGUUUUGGCUAUACAAGUGUAUUUUGCCUACUAAAAAUUGCAUACCUUUAUUUGGUAAAUGCCUAGGUUAUUAGUUGAUGAAACGUGAUGUUUAUCGUAGAUUGUCAACAAAGAUUUCUCUAACAUUCACAAAUAUUAUUUUUCAAGGAAUCUUGUGUCUCAUCCUAGGGUAUGAAGUCAAAGUUCGUUAACAAUCAUACUUAAGUCAUUUUGAAAAUUUUGAUUUAUAAUCGUCGACGAUAACUCCAAGUUUGAAAGAAAAUUUCUUAGCAUACGACAUAGGACCUCAAUAGAGAUUGUUCAAUCAAACAUGAUAUAAAGCAAAUAUUAUUAAUGUGAACUUAGGACACAUUAUAAAAUUAUUGCACUUGCAAUUCCUCUUCAUUUGAGGAGUUUAUGGUAGAACAUGAUAUGACUGAAUAAGAAGUCUUUAAUAAAUAAAUAACUGUAAC